CGUGACCCAUCGUGCCUCUGCCCCAACGGAGGAUUGGAGGAGGAGACUCAAACGCAGCGAGUAGCGACGUUAGUGUUACUCUGUAAGUGGUGCCGCUAAGUGAUCCUGGGGGCCACGCAGUUGACGGGAGAGGAACUUUAUAAGUGAGGACUCGAAAUGAGUGCGAAUGAAGUGUUUACCUGGUUCGUCCUCAUUACAGGAUGUGUCAUUACCCAGCAAGCAACGAUAGGAGACGGACGUGUCAGCCUGUACACAGGAAACCCUAUUACUGGAGAGCCAGGCCGAGGGGCAUGCAAGGCUAACGGCAGGGUAUACCCAAGCGAGACGGCCAUACCCAAAGACCAUCCGUGCCAUUACUGUAUCUGCUACGAGUCGCAGGUCACGUGUUACUGGAAGCAAUGCGCAGCCGCCCCAAGAGACUGCGCAGUCAUGCACUUCGAAAACGUCUGCAAUCCCUCUCUGUACAUGUGCAAGAUCCCAGAGAAGGCCAAGGCAGAGCCCAAGAGGGUCUUCGGGGAUCGCAUCAACUCCCUGCGCAGGCGCAGACUGAUUCGCCAGGCCCAGCCUGUUCCUGCUACGUCCGCCCUCCGACUCCCCAUCGACGAGCCGUUCCCUGUGAAGUUCGACGCCGAAUUCGUGGCCCGCGUGGAGAGGUCGGUCCGAGUGCCCAGAGCUAUCAACGGCUCCCAUCACCACGCCCACCACCAUACCCAUGACAAGUCCUGCAUGGUUCUGGGCGUCAAGUACAACCUCGGUGAAAUCAUAGGCGUGGCCUCCGGCGUGUGCAUGGAAUGUCGCUGCGCUGCCGGGAAGAUGUUCUGCUCACCCAAGUGCUGCUUCCUGCCUUCGCCCUUCGAGCUCUCCGCCCGCGACACCCAACAGCUGGAAGCCACGCCCCUGGAGAAGGCGGCGCCGCAUCCCCUCUCCUACGUCAGGAACCAGUUCGAGGAGGGGACGUUCCUCUGAAGGAUGCCAGGGGGAGGAGGAGGAGGAGGAGGAGGGUGGUGGACGCUGUCAGCGCCGGGAGCGAGGGGCGGACUGUCAUUAUCCUUCUCAUAUUAGCCUCCAGAUGAGAAUGCAAAUAUUUCAGAGAGAAACAUCUACCCCACCCCCUCCCCUUCCCUCCCCAUCCUAUUCUCCCCCACCAUACCAUCAUUCACCACCAUCCUAUCUUCCCCAAUCAUCUCAUUCUUCCCCAAUCAUCUCAUUCUUCCCCAACCAUCUCAUUCCUCCCCAACCAUCCCAUUAUUCACCAACAUAACAACCACCACCCCCACCACACCAGCCAAAUCCCCUCCCUUGAUUCCCCAUCAUCCUAUUCCCCCUUAUAUACCAUUCCCCUACCCAUUCCAUUCUGCCCCACCAACCAAUUACCACCAAUCACGUCAUUCCUCAAAACAUCCCAGGAUAUAAAGGAUAAAGGUUCUGAAAACGAAGCUUCGUUAUCAACGGUUUCGAAAACAAAAUUAAAAUAAUAAAAUUAAACAAAUCAAAAAGCUUUAAACAUUGGGGGUAGUUGUGUUUCCUCUGAAUAAAAAACAGACAGACUUGUCCGCAACUUACUAAACAGGCUUUGGUAAAUUUUGUUGCUGGAUGACUCUUAUAUAUUUUUUUCUUAAGAUACAGAUGAUGAAUUUAUAGCUGGAUUCACUAUAGACCUGAUUCUUACAGUUAACCGUAAGUCUCUGAUGGGCAUCUUAAAAACCAACUGAGUCAACCUCUUUCUUCGAUUGCUAUGGUUUCAGUAAUAUGCAUUAAAUUGCUUUAACCACGUAACAGCAUCUAAUGAAUCAUUUGACUCGGCUAAACUUUCCUUACAGAUAAAUAAGUCAAGUCUAAUGAACCAUUUGGCCUAC